AUGGAUAACAAUGCUACAACAUUGAUAAAUCGAAAUUCUGAAUUAAAGUUCUAAAUAAUAGAAUGGAUAGACAUAAAUUACGAUGCUUAAAAUUUACUGAAAUUUAAGAAAGAAUUGGCUAAAAAAAUACUGAGUAAACCAAAGAAACCUUAACUAUUUUGA